CGGAAAUGAAGAGAAAAGUAAAAAGCACAAAAACAAACUGAAAGCGAUACAUUUUUGUAUUGUCAGUCAGUAUUAAACUCAAUUGAAAUGAUUAGUGGUCCCAAUAAUAAUCAUUAAAAGGAAAAUAAAGAUGCUUCCACAAACGUACUUGUUUUUCCUGUCUCUAGUGAUAUUUGGAGCAAUCCUUCUACUCCUCAUUUACUAUGUUCUGACUCUAGCUGAUUUGGAAUGUGAUUUCUUGAAUGCCCAGGAGUGUUGUGCUCGAUUGAACUUUUGGGUUAUUCCCAAAUUUGGAGUUCAUGCAAUUCUGUUCGUAUUGCUGCUCCUAGGAGGACAUUGGUGGUUGGUUGUUUUUAAUGCUCCCAUGGUGAUUUGGCUGGGAUACGAACUCAACAAACAGCCUCGAGAUAGCCUUGGUGUCUACGAUCCGGUAGAUAUUCAUAGUCGCGGUCUGUUAAAGGUGCACCUGAGAAACUGCAUGAUCUAUUUGGGAUACUACUUUAUCAUGUUCUUUGUAAUGCUUUACUAUCUUAUCUCCUCACUGCUUGAGGGAGAUCCUAUCAGGAGACACGAAGAAGGAGAAAUUGUGACUGAAUAUUAAUGAAUCUUCUUUAAUUUAUUCAUCGUAUAUUUAUAAAUUGCAUUCAUUAUUUUAUAUUUAGAAGACCGAAGUGUAGGAGGAAUAAACCUGCCAAAGAUAAGCGCACCCAUAUUUUCAUUUUAGUAAUUUAUUGAUCUAAAAUCAUCAGUAAUAAGUUUAAGUGCCAAAUACAUUUUAUUCUAUA